AUGGCAACAGAAAAUACUCAAGAAUUACGAUUACUUUUUGCUUUAUUUGAUGUUGAUAAUAGUGGCACAUUGACAAGAGAUGAACUUAAACAAUUACUUCAAUCACCUGAUCCAGAUGGUCCAACAGUAUCAGAAGAACAAGUCAACGAUUAUUUAAAACUUGCUGAUACUGAUAAUAGUGGCGAUAUAUCUGUAGAUGAAUUUAUAGCUUUUAUAAACAAUAAUGUUCCACAAGGUGCUUAUGGAUUAAAAAGUAUAUUUCGAACAAUUGAUACAAGUGGUGAUGGUUUUGUUGAAAAAGAUGAAUUUGAACAAGUAAAAAGCAAAAAUAAAAGUUUAAAUCAAACUUUAGUUACUAUUUUCGAGAAAAAAUUUCAACAAGAUGCAUCUAGUAAAGUCACCUAUGAACAAUUUGUGGAAGGUGUUAAUGAAUAUUACAACAACCUUAACAAACAAUAA